GAAACGACCGCAACCAACCAUCCCAGCUGCUACUAUUAUAUUGGUUUCGGUGAUAACUUUGUACCUUCUGAGUCCUCUUCGGCAUACCUCACCGUGUGCAUCAGGUCCUUGUCAAAAUGGAGCGACUUGUAACGAUCUCUUGCGGUCCUUUUCAUGUGUAUGUAAAAAUGGUUACGAAGGAGAAAGGUGUGAAAUAGAAAUUGAUGAAUGUGCGUCGUAUCCUUGUCUUCAUGGGGGUACGUGUAAGGACUUGGUUGGAUCCUUCUUCUGUGCUUGCACUGUGGGAUAUGGAGGCAUUGGAUGCGAAAAGGAUUUAGACGUGUGUUCAACUGCUCCUUGUCGUUAUGGAGGAACCUGCCAGCAAUUGGGGACAAUCUACCGGUGCAUAUGUCCACCGGGCCGCGGAGGUGUUCGAUGUGAAACUGAAUAUAUAACAGAUACCUUAUCUCUGCCCGAAUGUCAACAACUACUACGAGACCACUACGAGCAGUAUCAUUUCAAGAUCCACAUCAAGCCUUGGGAUCCACAGGACUAUGUGGGUCUGGAGAACAUUUUUACUACUAUCACUGUACAUGAGCAGGACAAAAGUGACCUUUCAAGACCAGCUAAACGCAAAGGCACAUUAAAAGAACUAUUAAGCACGAUACAAAGUAGAAGGGUGUUACUCGUUGGUGACGCCGGAAGAGGCAAGUCUACUGCCGUUGCAAAGAUCGCGCACGACUGGGCGAAUGAAGUAACGGACAACUUCUUUCAAAAUUAUACUUUAUUAUUCGUCCUGAAAAUGAGACGCAUGAACGAGACGACGACAUUUGCAGAAGAGAUUGUUCGAUUGUUGGGAAAGAAAUACAUCGGCUCUGAGACUCAACUACAAAAGUAUAUUGAUACCAAUGAAAGACGUGUGGGCAUUAUUUUCGACGGGUAUGACGAAUUCACUGGCAGUGUUGAGGGAGGGGGUCACGAAUCUGACAUCGUGGAUAUUUUACGCCAUUAUAGUUGUAAGCGGUGCAAAGUUCUAGUAACCACGCGUCCUUUUAGAGAGGUUGACUUUUACUUUGGAGACCCGAGUUCUGUAUAUUCUAAGGUGGUACUUGAGGGAUAUUCAAACGACCAGGCUAUGAAGUUCAUUGAUAAGUUUUUCGAAUCUAACCAGUUAACGAAAAGGGUCCUGAAGGAAUACCUUGAGAACGAACCUAUCAUUUCAGAACUUAUAACGACGCCCCUUUUUUGCACCAUGGUAUGUUGUAUGUGGAGAGAGGAUAGACUAAAAGGAACAUACACAAAGUCGAGUUUCUUCGAUGCCAUUAUGAACUUUCUUCUGAAGCAUGCUAAAUCUAAGGCAAUCUUACCGAUGAGUGUGGACCUUGAUGAUUUACUGUACCAUGUCGGUUGGGUCGCGUUUGAUAAACUAAGUGAGGGUGGAGAUGAAAGUUCGUUGCUUUUCACUCAUGACGAUUUCAUGAAUGUAAUUUCACACAAAGAAACGAGCCUAAAGCUUGGUUUACUGACAACAGCCAUGGCUUUAGAUGAAGACUUUAUACUCUUCAUCGAAUUUUUCCACAAGUUAGCACUGGAAUAUUCAGCUGGCAAAUAUUUUGCCUUUGCUGCCUUUAAAGGGAACAUGGGGGCGUGGCGUGGAAAAACAAUCCUAGAACUGGGCAUUUUCCAGGUUCUGGAGUUCGCAGCCGGGGCGUCCGAAUCUGCUUGUGAGAAAAUCUUAGGUUAUAUUGCCGAAGAAUGCUCUUUAAGACGUAGCUCUGUUUGUGGUAGUCAGUCGUACCAAGAUAUGAUUCUAAGCCUGAUUAGUGAAGCCGAGAAUACGUGUGCCGAAAAUAUGAACGAAGCUACCUCGCCAUCUUUAUUUGGACUGAACGGGACACUAGAUCUUGGGUGUCCAAAGGCGUCGGCCGUUGUCGGCUUCGGUAAACUUCCUCAGCAUGUGAAAAACAAGAUUAUUGAAGUCAGCGUAGAUGUUUCCGACUGGACGAUAAGUAUUUUCAAGAAAUUAUGGGGAAAUUUUGCUAAUUGCUCCAGACUCAGUCACCUGAAAAUGUCAUUCCACACCCCUCCAACAAUUCCAAACGAUGAGGAAAAACUUUACACUGUCAAAAGAUUUACCAUAAGCCUACCAAUCCAACCGUCGGGGAUGAAACAUAUGAAGAGUCAUUCUUUCAAGCGAAGGAUAAAGACCCCAAGUUCCCAGCGUCCUAGUUCCCCUCAGCCUCAGGACCUGGAUCCGUCGCUGCUUGAAGACCUAUUCGAUAUGAUCGAGGAAUCUCCACCGGCGAAGGCAAAAAACAAAGAAGAGGAAGAAGAAGAAAAGGCCUUCAAUUGGCGCACACCAGACGUACCUACACUGGAGGACAUAUCGCAAGUAGUUGACAAAGUGUCGACAUACAUCUCACGUUUCGCACCGCACGUUCAGUGGGGGAGUUCCCAGCGCAACACCUUUAGGACCUUACCUUCUGGACCGGUUGCUGGCAAACCUGUAAAGGUGUAUAGAACGAAAGUGGCGUCGUCUGAUAUCGUUCUACAACUUUUAUCCAAGUUGCCUAACCUCGAGGAACUCGUCAUACUUCCAGAGGUAGUUUUUCUUUUGCUUAAUUUCAACCGUUUUGUUACUCUUUUUCUUGCAAUCGUGUUUCUUGAUGAGUAUGAGGAUGUUGGCGGUGUGGAUGGGUGUUUGUGUAUGUGA